CAAGCCAGCCAGCCAGCCGGCCGGCUGCAAGCUUCCCAAAGGAAGGCGUUGGACAAGCGAACAUAUCAAGACAGUUUCCCCACCAUGGCUCAGCAGCACAGCCUGCCCCACGCCUACCCCAUGAGCCCCGAAUGCGAGUUCGCCAACCCCAGCAAGAUUUACGACCAGAAUUUUGGAGAAGGCCUUUCCCCUGGAGAUAUUCUGGCACCAACUUUGUACCACGGUUACUAUAUCAGGCCCCGGAUCAACAAACAGCUGGAACGAGGGAUUUCAGAGGUCACCCUCAAUGAACACAAAUUCCAGGUUUUCCUUGACGUCUGCCAGUUCACCCCCGAUGAAAUCGCUGUCCGCACCGUGGACAACCUCCUGGAGGUGACGGCCCAGCAUCCUCAGAAGGUCGACCGACAUGGAUUCAUCUCCCGUGAAUUCACUCGGACCUACAUCCUUCCCUUGGAUGUCGAUCCUUUGUCGGUCAAAGCCACCGUGACCCACGAUGGCAUCCUGAGCGUUGAGGUCCGGCGGACGGGGAAGCAACUGAAGGCCAAAGUCAACGAGGUGGAAGUCACCUGCCAAGGACAACCUGAAAGGAAAGAAGGAGGUUCAGGAGAGAUCUCAGAUCCCUAAAACAUCCUUCUAGGAUGACCUAAUUUUGGUCAGUUUGAGUAGGUGAGUCUGGAAGUGGUCUGAAAAAGGUCAUGUCCAGUUGGUCUCCUUGGCCUCUUCUUCUCCUCCUCCUCCCCAAAUAUCUAGGGCUUUCAUUCCAAGAAGCUUCUCCCACCAGGUCUUCAGAGCUACAGCUUAUCUUUCCAGAUGUCUUCCAACCCUUCUUUCAUCGAAAUAUAAUUCCCAGGAUUAGGAUGGAAGACAGUAAAGGCCACUGCACCAGUUUGAAACCUGUGAUAUGGGUAAACCGGAUUCCUUUUCGGGUUUUUUUUUUUCAUUUUGAAGGGGUUCCAUAAUUCCUACCAUUUUUUUCUGCCAAUGGGCUAGGCUGAUGGGAGUUGUGAUCCAAAGCAUUUGGAAGACCAGUAGAUUGGAGAAGAUGGCUCUCACAAUGUCGCUGGCGUUAAGACAGUCUCAAAAUGAUUAAACCUUACUUUCUUUACCAAAGAAUUAAUCAGCCACCUUGUUAGUUUAACUACCCUUCGUAAUUCCUUCCAUUUUCAAAUGAUCGGCCCUUUUUAUUUCGGAAUUCUGUAAAGCUUUAUUUACCACCCUUUCUUUUGUUCUUAGCUUCUUUUACUUAUCCGUUGAUGAUUAAAUGAGAUUUUAAAAUAAUAAAUAAAUAAAGCAAAGAGCCUGC